UAUUUUCUCAUCGUUCUCUCCAAUUGCCACAAAUCCGGCUAAACUAAGGAGAACUGCCGGGAUUGUGAACCGGUAUUAAGUAUUGGGCAAAUUGACUUUGACCGAGAAAAAUAAGCAUGAAGCCCAUGCUGUGCAGCGGUCAUAGAUGAUUCAUUUUCUUAAUGUAAGGAUGAUCCUGGAACAGGCAAGUUUAGACAUGGACUCUACAUUUUGGACAGACAAGCCCUAUGGGUCCUCUCGGAGCAUCGUAAGAAGAAUAGCUACCAGCCUUCCACUGAAACCAUGCCCUAGAGUUCAGUUUCAGCUUCACCCAUACCCUCAAGAAGCAGACAGUCCUAACCAAACAUCUGAUGAAAAUGGAAUAGUAGCUUCCUUUGCAGAUGUUGCCUGGAUUGCUGAGUGUGAAGGAGAAUCUUUUACAAGACUCAGGUCUGAUGUUCGUCCUGGAUUUAUACUUCCUUCUCAGCAACUACACGGGCUUGGAAAACCUCUCGCCAGACAAGUGUCUUUACCAGACAUAACCAGAAAAAAGCUGGAACCUAAGAACUCAGUGUUUGCUAAUGAUGAGGCGAUACAGAAAAUCGGUGCACUUGAAAAUGAACUUGCCCAGCUUCGACAACAAAUAGCUAGAAUUGUAAUGGUGCAAGAACAGAAUGCGUUGACUGCUGCUGGAUCCUUAACCCCGUUGAACGAGACCCCCCUUCCUCCUCCUCCUCCUCCUCCACCUCCACCGCCGCCUCCACCAGGUCUUCAGCGUAGCUUCUCAGCCAUAGAUCUGAUCAAAGAGCGACGAGGAAAAAAAAACAGCUCUGAUAACACACUCCUGGACUCUGGGCCCAAACAGCCAGCAAUACCAAACAUGUUAGAUAUUCUGAAAGACAUGACCAAAGUGAAGCUACGGGCUGUGAAAUCAAUGGAAAGCACAUCAAAAACAAAACCAGGUGACCCAACAGAUGCAGCAGCUCUAAUAGCAGAGGCUCUAAAACGAAAAUUUUCUCAUCGCUAUAAGAAUGACGGUGAAAAGCAAAUGAAAAUUCCAACUUCUGAAGGGAACACUGCUACGGAGACAGAGAAUCCAUUUUUUGGACAACACAUGCUGAAAUCCACUGGCAAAAGAAAGGCGUUAGUAAGCAGCCCCUCUAAACCUUAAAAGCACUAGUAAAAUAAGGCCUCUAUUUGAAGGAAUGGCUCUCCUCUCAGCUUUUAGUUCAUAAAAGGGAAGAUCAAGAGUAAGUAGCUUCAAAUUACCUUUUUUUAUGAAGUUUGCGAUGAUUCUGUGUGAUUCUUUUGUAAUUCCAAAAGAUAGUCUUUUUAGUUGUCUUACAGGUCACUGUGUUUUAAGGUACUGUUCUUCAGUUCAAAUUUCUAGCCUUGGACAAACACAGGCUAGAUUUGUGACAUUUAUAUUGGUAAGCACCAGAAUCCUCUUUGUGGAUUGAGUUUCCUAUCGUACUGCAGGUCUACACUAGAUGGUGCUGCUGCUUACUAACAAAAAUACACACAAAAUAUAUGUAUACAUAUGAGUUAUUCUAGGAUACCCACUCAGAAUCAUUUCACAUUCAUAAAAAGUUACGGGGGCAGCAGAAACACAACUACAAAUAUAGAUUGAAGCGGCUUACUCUUUUUAAAGUUUUAAGUUUAUAGAAUACGAAAAUUAAUUUUUCAAGAACUAUUUUUAUUUUUUUUUGGAAAAUGCCUUUCAGUACACGUGAGAAGCACUCUUUUUAGUUGAAUAAGUUAUUAAUCCUUUUUUUUUUUUUUAAAAGCCCUACCAAUUUAUUGUUUUAAAAGACUGCCUUUUUUUUUUGUUUCAUAGU